UACAUCAGUCGUAACACCACGGUAACACGCGAUGUCCACGACUAGAACGCUUCUCGCUCGAAGCCGACACGAAUCUUACCUAGUAUAAUCUAGAUUAUACCAUUGGCAGAGCUUGUGUGCGAUAUUUUUAAAAAGCUGUGGAUAUAAAGAGUGCGGUAAGCGCGGCUUUCAGUUCAGUGCAAGUACGAACGUUUCAAUCAACACGAUAUUCGAUCUGAUGUGAGAGAAAAAAUACUUUCAUCGACGAGAAUAUUCUGUUUUCAAUUAAAAUGUCGCAGCAAUCGGGAAGUAGCAGAGCCGCAGAAGAAUCUGCGCCGCAGGCGUAUAAGGUGCUUCGAAACGAUCAAGUUGGCAGGUACAUGGUCACGAGCAGAGAACUGCAAGCUGGCGAGGAGGUCGUGACGGAAAUGCCUUUCGUCGUCGGGCCAAAGGCAUGCACUUAUCCCUUGUGUCUCGCCUGCUACACACCUUGGCCUCCUAGUCCGGAUGACAAACCGCUGUGCUCCAAGUGCGGUUGGCCAGUUUGCGGUGAGGAGUGUGAGAAUUUGUUGCAGCAUAAAGAUUACGAGUGUCAGGUAAAUGCGACAAUUGAACAUAGAAGAAAAAUAGAAGAAUCUCUUGUGCAAAAUCAUAGUAAUGAGAGGAAGAUCGGUGGAAUUAAUGGCAUAAUUACACGGUUUUGCACCCGUAGGAUACGACUGCGUACCACGCUCAAAGUCCCAGCGGGCGGUGAACUUUACGCGAGUUACACGCACUCGUUACUGCCGACGAUGCUGCGCCGGGAACACCUGCAGGAGGGCAAGCACUUUGCCUGCGCUUGCCCGCGAUGUUCGGAUCCCACGGAAUUGGGCACCCACAUGUCCUCGCUCAGGUGCAAUAAAUGCGAUAACGGGGUCGUCCUGCCGUUGGAUUCCUUAGAUCCGGCAAGUUCGUGGAAGUGUACGAAUUGCGAGUUCUCCACCAACGGGCAAGCGGUGCGAAAAGUUCUCCGGAUCAUUCAAGCGGAGGUAGAUAACGCUGAGGCCAUCAGCGGAGCUGAUGGAGCCGACGCGAUUUACGUAAGAGAAACCGUUAUGAAGAAGUAUCAAUCAGUUCUGCAUCCUCGCCACGCUUUUCUCACGAUGCUGAGGCACUCGUUGAGCCAAAUGUACGGUCGAGUUGACGAAUACUUAUUGGACGAUCUGCCGGACGUUGUGUUAGAGCACAAAAUCGACAUAUGCCAUUUGUUGCUUCAAGUAUUGGACGUGGUAGAACCCGGAUACACUCGUGUAAGAGGUAUGACGCUAUACGAGCUGCACGCGCCGUUACUCUUCUUAGCCAAAAGCCACUGGAAUGCUGGCGUCAUCAGCGAAGCCAGUCUAAAGUCCAAAAUGACGGAAGCCGCGAAUGUCCUAAAAGAGGCGGCUAUGAUAUUAAUAUUGGAAUCACUGGAGACAGUUGAGGGACAAAUAGGACUCGUUGCGCAAGAGUCUCUGCUCCAGCUGGAACAGUCCAUAAAUAAUUUAUAAGUGUUUCUUGUAAAUAUACUCGUAUUUGUACAAACCUGUUUGCUAAUAAACGCUCACCUCUGCAUGUCUUCCUGA